AUGCACACUUGUAAAGUCCUUUUCUAUCCAGAUCCUCAUAGUAAUAGAGCAUGUGCGGAUCCGAUCCAUCUGCGCCUUGAUCGGGCCGAUCCAACGCAUAAAGCCCCAAGACAGACACAGACACACACGGAAAGACAGGCAAAUCGGCGCGCACAAAAGCCUGCAUGUGGCCUGCAACCUGUGUUUGUUCUCGUCGAAAGUGGUCGGUCGGCUAAUCGGGCCGCCCGAUGUGCGCUCAGUCUAACUAGCCCAGACAAGUGGCUGGCUCAGGCUGGCUGGCUGGCAGUGUGCACAGACGAAGGCGACAGACGUCGGUAUCGAUUAGCCCAGUCGGGCGGUCAGACGAUGUCCAGAAAGUGGGUCAGUCUGCCACCACUGCUGCUGCUGCUGCUCAUCGACCGGGCGGGCAGUCGGUCAGUCGGUCAGUCGAGCAGGCCGGCCCUGGAACGGCCGCCUUUCGAGGGGCAGUUCAGUCUGGGCCGUGGAAUUUUGAGACAAAUUGCUCUUUCCCGCCUCCCUCAAGUCUGGCCACGAAUUGCCUCGCCUCUCGGCUUGAGUCUCCCUUUCUCUGGCGUCCGUACGACUGGGGCGACAAUUGAUGUGGCAGACAGACGUGCAUCAUUUGACGCUGCCUUGCCUACCCAAAACCAUUCAUUUGCCCCGACAGAAGCUGGCAAAAGUGGCAGAAGGUGGCGGAUAAGUAGUCUUCUGCCGACCCUGGAAGAGGUCAUGCGGGCAAAUCCAGCCACGCUUAUACAGCGACAACUUCACGCCUCACCGGGCCAGAUUAACAGAGCGAUCAUAGGCGAAAUUGGCGUCGGAGGAGAUGGGCUCCGCCUCGAGGAUGGGGGAGUAGAGCAGACCCGGGAUCGGCCGGACGAUGGUGUAAACUAUCGGCCAAUCCAGUCUGGAUGA